UUUUUUAGUUUUUUUUUUCUUUUGCUUUUUUCUUCUUCUUUUUUAAAUUUCAUCAUCAUUUUUUCAAUUUAUUUUCCCUCUUCUUGUCUUUCUCUAUAUUUAUAAACUGCUUCUUUUGGGUCAUCAAAAUUUUGUGUGGGCUUUGUUCCUCUUGGAUGAAGAGAGAUGGCUGUGGAAUUGAUGAUGGGAUAUGGUCGUGGUGAUAGUUUUGCAGGGAAAAUGGAGGAAAAUGCUUUGAGAGAAGCUGCAACUGCUGGAAUUCAAGGUGUUGAAGAAUUGAUAAGGUUGAUGUCUAACAGUCAACAGCUCUACAAUCAGGAUGCUUCGUUUAAAACUUCUUCUCCUUCAGGUCCAGAGCCAGCCAUGGAAAUCCAAGCUGUUACAGAUAAGACUGUUAAUUCCUUCAAGAAGGUUAUUUCUUUACUUGGUAGACCGAGAACUGGCCAUGCUCGAUUUAGACGUGCUCCUCUUACUUCUCUCCAACAAGAAGAGAAGCAACAGCAACAAGAUUUACAACAACCUCGGCAGAAGAUCCAAGAGUCAGGGACUUGUUCUGUUCAAGUAAACAAAGAUCAGGUGUCUGCUUUCAAGCCUUUUUGUCCAACCCCAGGUCAUAGGUUGCCUCCUUUGCCUCAUAAUCACCACCAGAGUAAAAGCAGUCCUCUUUUGGUGGCAAGGAGUGGUCUUUUGGAGAGAAAUGAAGCGCCUACUACUAUCAAUUUCACAUCUUCUCCCCCUUUGUCUGCUGGGAAUUCUUUUAUAUCUUCAUUGACAGGGGAUACUGAUAGCAUGCAGCCAUCUUUCUCUUCUGGGUUCCAAUUUACUAGUCCUUCGCAUGUACCUUCUUCUGGUAAACCUCCUUUGUCUUCCUCUCUGAAAAGGAAGUGCAAUUCCAUGGAUGAUGCUGCUCUCAAGUGUGGGUCAGCAUCUGGCCGUUGCCACUGCUCCAAGAAAAGGAAAUCGAGAGUGAAGAGAGUGAUUAGAGUUCCAGCUAUUAGCAACAAGAUGGCUGAUAUUCCUCCUGAUGAUUUUUCCUGGAGAAAGUAUGGCCAGAAACCAAUCAAGGGUUCUCCUCAUCCAAGGGGCUAUUACAAGUGUAGCAGCGUGAGGGGCUGCCCUGCAAGGAAACAUGUGGAACGAGCUGUAGACGAUCCGAGAAUGCUAAUUGUAACAUAUGAAGGAGAUCACAAUCACAGCCACAACAUCACGGAUGCGCCGGCGGCCGUGGUCCUGGAGUCAUCUUAGUCCAAACCAUCCAACGGCCCUGAAAUGGUCAUCAAAAUUCCAAGGGAAAUCUUAAAAGAUUAGGCCAUCUGCAGGGUUGUUCAGAUAGUCAACUUAGAGCCAGGGCUCUGUCUCCAAGAAGACAAGAAGAUUGAUUAGUGGUUACGUUAGCUGUUUUUAAAAGACAAUAUAGGAUUCCUUGUUUUUUUUUGGUUUUGGCACCAGACUUUGUUUAGAAAAGAAAAAUAGGCAUAGAGUAGGAGACAUUGUGGAUUUGGUGGAGCUGAAUCAUGCAAGAAAUGGGGUUUUUCUUUUUCAUCUUUC